CAUUUAAACUUGGCUCGUGCAGGAUGUGCCCAGUUCAUUGCGUGACAGCUGCGCGCUAACAUCUGCAUGAUCCACUGCGGAAUGAGAGAAAUGCGCGUGUUAACUGUCGUACUCGCCGUUAUAUGUGUGCUGAAGGAGGCUGAAGCUUGGGGUUACAAGAAUGGAAUACUGCACAACUCUAUCUGGCUGGAGCAAGCAGCCGGAGUUUACCACCGCGAAUCUCGCAAAGGAAGAUAUCAGCUGACGUACAAGGAAGCCAUGGCUGUGUGCAAAUUUGAGGGGGGGACUCUUGCGACAUAUGAUCAACUGGAGGCUGCUCGCCAAAUUGGGUUCCAUGUGUGUGCAGCUGGAUGGUUUGACAAAGGACGUGUGGGCUAUCCGAUUGUGAAAGCUGGUGCCAACUGUGGUUUCGGAAAGGUUGGAAUAAUUGAUUAUGGAUAUCGGCUCAAUAAAAGUGAGAAGUGGGAUGUCUACUGCUAUAACCCCGGGGCAAAGGAGUGUGGAGGCGUUCACACAGAUCAGGAGAAGGUUUUCAGUUCUCCUGGAUAUCCAGAAGACUACCAGGAUAAGCAGAUUUGCUACUGGCACAUUCGUGUGCGUUACGGCCAACGAAUCCGCCUGCACUUCCUAGACUUUGACAUUGAGGAAGACACAGAUUGCCUCAGUGAUUCCCUGGAGAUCUAUGACAGCUAUGAUGAUGUAUUAGGCUUUGUUGGAAGAUACUGUGGGGAUGAACUUCCAGAGGACUUCAUAAGUACAGGAAAUGUCAUGACUCUGAAGUUCCUUUCUGAUUCCUCGGUGACGGGUGGAGGUUUUCAGCUGCAGUACAUCGCUGUCAACUCCUCUCAGCUCUUUGACAAUCACACUGAUGCCUUGUCUUGACCAAUAUUUAAAGCACCAAACCCACUUCUUUAAUACACCCAAACCCACAACUGUGUCGUUUUUUUUAAUGUUUUUAUUUCUUUACCAAGGGUGCAAUGAUAAAGCUAUGAAUAAUCACUAUUGUAAGUGCAUAGGCCUGUGAACAUUUAAAAAAUGAACACUCAUAAAACAAAGUUCAUUUAAUGCAUUGACGUGUUUUAUUGUUUUAUUGUAACCACAAGAAAUAAGCUGAGAUCUUUUUUUAAUAGAUCUUAACCCCUGGGAUCUAAAAGUGCUUGAAAUUGUAGAAACACAAGUAUACUCUGUCUUACAAAAGUUGUUUGCAUUCUUAAAAAUUUUGAACUCAUAUGAAACAUAACAUGAUACUAAUACUAAACAAAACAAAAAAAGAAAAAGAAAAAAGGCAGCAUUAAUGAAUGGAAAGUUUUUGCCUGCAAUGAAAAAAAGACAAUAAUUCUGAAUCAAAGAGAUUUUAACAGUACAUGUACAGUUAUUCAGAGUAAGUAAUUCUGCUUCUUACGUCUAUGCAUUUCUAUCAGGUUAAGCCUUUUAAUGAUUAAGGAUCUGUGGUUCCUUAGUGGGCCUCGGGUCUUAAGCCCGGGUCUUUAAGGGCAUAAGCCCUUAAAUGUGGUGCCCAAAAUGAUUAGAAUAGUAUUUUCUGCAGCUAAAAAUGGGUUAAAUAAGUCAGUUUCCUUCUUUUGCUGUAGUGUGACAGUAGGAAAUGUAAGUUUACAUUUUCAAACAUAAUUUUGCCAUUAAUUGUAAUAAUGAUCAAUCACAUUAAUUGUAAAAAGAAAAUACUGUGUUUUUAUUUUAUUUUGGCCACGACUGCGUUUGUUUGUAAAUGUCAAUAACAAUGCAGUUGCUUACUGUUUGUAUGUUUGUUCAAAAUCCAUUAACAAAUGUUGACAGAUAUAACUUUGAAUUUAAAAUGUUUUGGAAUAAGUGCUGAAAUUAAUAUUAGCUAAUGUUAAUAAAAUAUGAAGAAAUACUGCUAUAUUUUGUUAUUUCAUGUUA